AAUGAUUUCUUUGUAUAUAAAGAUCACUCCUUCAGUCUCCCCCAUUUUCCCGAGUUUUUGUCUCUUUCGCUUUCUGGCCUCCGAGAAGAAGCCGACGCCGCCAUGGUUCACGUCAGUUUCUACCGCAAUUAUGGGAAGACAUUUAAGAAGCCAAGGCGUCCAUACGAAAAGGAACGUUUGGAUGCUGAGUUGAGGCUUGUAGGAGAAUAUGGGCUCCGAUGUAAGAGGGAGUUGUGGAGGGUUCAAUAUGCUUUGAGCCGAAUCAGAAAUGCUGCUAGGGAUCUUCUCACUCUUGAUGAGAAGAACCCUCGUCGUAUUUUCGAAGGUGAAGCUCUUCUUCGUAGGAUGAACAGAUAUGGACUUUUGGAUGAGAGUCAGAACAAGCUCGAUUAUGUAUUGGCUUUGACUGUUGAGAACUUCCUUGAACGCCGCUUGCAAACACUUGUGUUCAAGACUGGUAUGGCCAAGUCAAUUCACCAUGCUCGUGUGUUGAUUAGGCAACGUCACAUCAGAGUCGGAAGGCAGGUGGUUAACAUCCCAUCCUUUAUGGUGAGGGUUGACUCCCAGAAACAUAUCGACUUCUCUCUGACGAGUCCGUUCGGAGGUGGCCGUCCCGGAAGAGUGAAGCGAAGGAAUCAGAGAGCAGCUGCCAAGAAGGCCGCUGGUGGAGAUGGUGAUGAAGAGGAAGACGAGUAAACCUUCAGCUAGUAUUGGCAAUAGGGCACUCCUAAAAGAGCCUGUGAUGGGAAAUUACCAUUUCCUACAUUAUUAGACAUGGUUUGAGUUUUGUUUCAAGAUCUUUAAUGUAGUGGAUGUUCGCAUUUGUAUUUGUCUCGGAUUUUAUGUUAAAUUGAGCAAUUUUGUUAUUUUGAGAUUAAAA